UUAAGCCUGAUCUUUUUUCUGUUUGUGAAAAGAGCUGAGCAGAGCUGAAAGCUGCGUGGUGUUUUCAGAUACUGCCUACUUAAUUUGAAAAGAACAAUGGUAGGAAAGGCUAGAUCUUCCAAUUUUACCUUAUCUGAAAAGCUUGAUUUACUAAAGCUUGUGAAGCCAUAUGUGAAAAUUCUCGAAGAACACACUAAUAAACAUUCAGUGAUAGUGGAAAAGAAUAGAUGUUGGGAUAUCAUAGCAGUUAACUAUAAUGCAAUUGGAGUAGACCGCCCUCCUCGAACAGCGCAGGGCCUACGAACCCUUUACAAAAGGCUCAAAGAAUAUGCCAAACAGGAGCUAUUGCAGCAAAAAGAGGCCCAAUCAGAUUUUAAAAGCAAUAUUUCUGAGCCAACCAAGAAAGUUAUGGAGAUGAUUCCCCAGAUUUCCAGUUUUUGCCUGGUAAGAGACAGGAACCACAUACAAAGUGCAAACUUGGAUGAGGCUGCACAAGCUGGUACCAGUUCACUACAGAUAAUGUUGGAUCACCAUCCUGUUGCUAUUACAGUGGAGGUAAAGCAAGAAGAAGAUAUUAAACCACCUCCUCCACUGGUUUUAAAUCCUCAACCUAGUAAUACUUUAGAACAAAGAGAAGAACAUGAGUUAAUACAUGUUAUGGAAAGAUCUUUGUCACCAUCACUUUCCUCUGUUGAUAUGAGAAUGACAUCGUCUCCAUCUUCUCUUCCAAGGAGAGAUGAUUUUUUUCGUCAUGAGAGUGGAGAACACGUUAGGUCACUAUCAGGGUAUGAUCCUCAGAUCCUGCAAAUGUUGAAAGAGGAGCAUCAGAUAAUUUUAGAAAAUCAAAAAAAUUUUGGAUUGUAUGUUCAGGAAAAGAGGGAUGGAUUGAAAAGAAGGCAGCAGCUAGAGGAAGAGCUACUAAGAGCAAAAAUUGAAGUGGAGAAGCUGAAAGCAAUUCGCUUACGACAUGAUCUACCUGAAUAUAAUAGUCUCUAAGAUAUUUUUUGCAGUCUUAUAAUUAGAUCAUUUUAAUUUUGGCCAAAUUUAAUUUGGGAAUAUCCUGAAGCAGAAUGCAUGGUCUUAAAUAUUGCUGAUAUCUAUUGUGCACAAUUUUUUUACAUGAUUUUCUUUUUAAAUUUUGACUUAUUUAAUAUUUUUCUUAGAUAUUCAGACUUACUGAUGGGUCUCUGUGGUAAAAUUUUUCAUUUGUCUUCCCUCUGUCUUUUCCCUGAUAGCCUUACAGGAGAUUUUAAAAUUUUCAUCAUUAGAAUGUACACAAAGUUGUGUACAAAUGUAUAUUUUCUUUCAAAGUUGUGAGUCUUCAGCAUUUUUACUUAGAACUUUGAAAACUAUAAUUAAAAUUUUUUGGUUUAGGUUUUGUUUUGUUUUUUUUUUUUGAGAGAAGAUCUUGCUAUGUAGCCCAGCCUGGCCUUGAACUUGCUAUGAACUUAUGAUAGCAAGUUCAAAAUUUUGUUCUCACUGACCUCAAACUUUCGAUUCUUCUGUUUUAGCCUUCUGAGUGCUGGGAUUACAGGCAUGCCCUACUAUGAC